AUGACCAAGACCGACCCCGACUGCAAGCACGACGGCAGUGUCUACAUCACCGCAGCAGACGACGUCGAUGUAACGUACCCCUCUAACAAGGACGGCACCGCCGAUGCCGCCGUCGACGGCGUGUUCGGCGCGCUCGACGACUCGGCGGCACAGUCGUACCGCUCCGUGACCACCUUCGGCGCGUUCGCGCUCAUCACCAAGGCGAAUAUCGGGCUCGGCGUGCUCUCCAUCCCCUUCGUGUUCCAGGUACUCGGGAUCGUGCCGGGGAUAAUCGUGAUCCUUGUGCUCCACUGCAUGUUUGCGUACUCCGCGGCGGCCAUCGGGCCGUUCAAGGCCAACCAUCCCGAGGUGUACGGCGUCGCGGAAGCGGGCUUCGUCGUCGGCGGGCGUUGGGCCAAGGAGGUGCUCUACGUCUUCUUCUACAUGCUAAUGGUCAUUGCAGCGUCCGGCGCCAUGGUCUCCCUCUCCGCGGCGCUCAACGCCAUGAGCUCGCACGGGGCGUGUACAGCCGUCUUCAUUGCCGUCGUCGCUGCCGCAGGCGCGCUCCUCGGCGCCAUCCCCACGCUCUCGCGCAUUACGUGGCUCGGCUGGGCGGGCAUCGCGUCCCUCAUGGCCGCGCUGCUCACCCUCACUAUCAGCGUCGGACUCCAGGGCCGGCCGGCGGAUGCGCCCCGCCCUCCGGCUCCGUGGACUAAGGAGUUCAAGAUUGUCGGCAGGCCGACGUUCGAGGAGGCUAUGGCGGCCAUCAGCACUGUCCUGUUCGCCUACUCUGCCACUCCGACGUACUUCAAUAUCGCCGCAGAAAUGCGCGACCCGCGCGGGUACAACCGUGCCAUGCUCACGUCCAUCUCGCUCAUCACGCUCGUGUACCUCGUGCUCGGGAGCGUAGUGUAUGCGUUUUGCGGCCAAUACGUCUCGACUCCGGCGCUCGGGUCCGCGGGGCCGCUCAUGAAGAAGGUCUGCUACGGCCUCGCGGUGCCCGCGCUUCUGGCCUCGCUCACAAUCGUCACCCACCUCGGCGCAAAGCACAUCUUCGUGCGCGUGCUGCACGGAACGCACGACCUCACGCACCCGACGGCAAAGCACUGGAUCGUGUGGCUCUCAACCGUGCUGGGCACCACACUCGUCGCGUACGUCUUCGCGUCGGCCAUCCCAAACUUCGGCUCCAUCAUCGGCUUCUUCGGCGCCAUCGUCGUGCCGGGCGUCUCGCUCCUCCCCUACACCGCCAUGUGGUGGCACGACAACUGGCGCCACGCGCCCGCGGCGGAGCGCACCCCCCGCCGCUGCGCGCUCCUCGCCGUCAACAUCUUCAUCGCGGUCGCGUCGCUCUUCUUCACCAUUGCCGGCGCGUACGGCGCCGGCGUGGAGCUCGUCAAGUCGAGCGCUACGCGCGGCCCGUGGAGCUGCACCGACAACUCGGGUCGUAGGGAGUAA